AUGUCUAAAUAUUGGGAUAAUCCCCGACUUACUAUUCAAAACGAACUGCAAUGUGAUAUGAAUGCAUUGUUCUGUUUUUUUGGUUCUUACGACGAAACGAAUGUUUUCUACACAGGAGCAACUGUUGUCCAGAUUCCUCUGUCGUGUUCAAAAAGAGUAGGAAUCGUCAAAACACACAUCGGGCUGAAAAAGUUUGGACCCCGUUAUCUGAGAGUUAAGCAUCACAUAAAAUUACACAUCACUCAUAAUUGCACUAAAGACGGUCAGCUCUUAGCUACUUCAAAAUAUUCAGCAGGAAUUCUUUUGAAAGAGGAAGUCACCACCAUCGAACUCAAAACUGAUCUUCUCAGCAUCGGACAUCCAGUAACUCAAUAUAAGAGCUUCUUUAGUCCAAAGUUUGUGUUUUUCAACGAUGACUUGUUCUUUAAUCAAGACGUUUAUGAGGAAGACGAGUGA